GUUCCCUCGAAAUCAAAAGACAGUCACUAGCUUCUUAGUCACAGCUAGAAGUUGAAAUUGAUACACACAAAGUAAGCCUCUCAUCAGAGCUUUUCAGGAGAACGAUGAUUUCAAAAAUUCUCGUAUGCAUUCUGGUUCCUUUCGUUGUGCUGUCGAUAAUGUUUGAUCCAGCGGACGCACAGGCGUGGAAAGACGGUGACGGGGGCAAAAUUAAAUGGCAAUUUGAUUGUGACUUUCCCGGCAAUGAUAUCGGAAAUCAAAGAGUUCCUGGCGACCAAUGUGGCGGCCUUUGUAUUAACACAAAUGGGUGCAACCACUUUAGUCACUUUAAUGGAAUCUGCUAUUUGAAAAAGGCAUCAAGCAUCCCUCCCCGUAAACAGACAAGCGGUGGCGGAGGCGUAUGUGGAUUCCUAACAGGAGGUGUAAAUCCUGGAAAUCGUAAUGUCAAAGGCACUUUUUGGGCUGAGCAAUCUGAUGCUGGCGGAUGUCAAAUGCCGCAAGGUGAUUACGCGGUAACCGACGCGAUAGCUCUUGGACAAUCGCAAGCACUCGGAAACCUCAAGUGGCGUCAAGGAUUGUGCGGCCAAGUCUUGCGGAUCGACUGCGGAAACGGACCGAUUGAUGCCGUUGUGGCCAGCACUUGCAACCUGAACAGCGAUUCCUGCGGGGUGGACAUGAUCGGCAAGACCUGGCGACGAGCCACUUCGAACAAGCCGCCCGGUAUCGUCGAUUGCAGUGUUUCGUUGACCAACCGAAACCCUUUAAAUGGAAAUGAUGCCAUCUGCUACUACCGUCCCAAUUCCGAAACUACUAAUAAUUACUCCGUAAUCCUUGGAGUCGUUAACACCGGAGGUAGGAUCAGUUCGUCAGCUGUUGCGGCUGGAGUGACAGGCCGCCGGAAUAACGACGGUUGGUUCGAAUUCAACGGAUCUGGAAGCCCCCUAUUUCAGAGCAAUACCGAAGUUGUAUUUCGUUAUGAAGAUGGCUCGUCUUCUUCAUUCCGGAUCGGCAACUGUCGAAAUGGAGGACAAGUACAGAUAUUCCGAUAAACGAAUCCGGGGCGAGCUAAUAACGAUAAUUUAUCUUAACUUUAUCCUCGGUUUUAGUAUAAACAUUUCCCUCACUGGAUGUUUCCCUUAGCCUAGUUAUUGUUACCCUCACUAAUUCAAAUCACACUAGCAGGCUAUACAAAUCCGAUUCCUUACUAAGUGCACAAAUUUCUCUAUAAGCCUGCUUAAAUGUCAUCUCAGCAAAAAGGUUCUAAAUACACAAUUGGACGAGAA